ACAGAAUAAUAAGCAUAGUGUACACUGAAGAAUGGUAUAUGUGUAUAGCAGAGCAUUAGGCUUAUGGAUCUACAGAAGCAAUAACCUUUUAAUGAUUGACAACAAUAAUAACUGAAGGUGUGUUAGGUUUUAAAGUAUUUGUACAAGUCAACCAAAAAGUUUCAGAAACUAAAGAUGCAUUUUAUUCACCAAAAUGCCGAUAGAUACGCACCAAGCAAUUAUCAUCUCAAGCCCCCGGAGGGAUUUGAGUCUCAUGCAGCUCGACGCUCAUCACACUGUACCUCACAUGGAUCUCGUUUGUCCAUGGCAGAAUCAGGAUCCAACUUACACGAAUCCAGUCAAUUGCUAGAGGAGUCCAGCGAAGAUAGUUUUUAUAGCAGCACUGUAGAUUUAACUAAAGAACACGAUUGCCAACACGAAGGGUGUGGACGAGUUACAAUCAAUGUCAGCGGGAUGAAGUUUGAAACCCAGCUAAGAACACUCAACAGGCUUCCUAACACUUUACUGGGUGAUCCAGAAAAGCGCAUCAAAUAUUGGAAUGAAAGUAGGAAAGAAUAUUUCUUCGAUAGAUAUAGACCAGCUUUUCCUGCUAUUCUAUAUUACUAUCAAAGUGGGGGGAGAAUGAAAUGUCCUUUAGAAGUACCAUUUGAAAUAUUCAUGGAAGAGUUAUAUUUCUUUGAAUUAGGGCACCACACGAUCAACAGCCUUAAAGUUCAUGAAGGAUACAUCCUUGAUGAAGUUCAAAUCAAGCCACCCCGGAACACCAUUCAGAGGAAAAUUUGGACUGUGAUGGAAUGUCCAGAAAGUUCGUUUCUGGCAAAAGUUGUUGCAUUAAUGUCAGUGGUAUUUAUAUGGAUAUCAGUUAUUAUUUUCUGUAUAGAAACGUUGCCAUCUCUUAAAGACAUUGGUUGCCGAGAUGAAAAUAUCACAGCCGUAAACGGUACUGUUAGGAUCGUGAAAGUUCCUGAUUUCACAAAUGCCUUAUUUAUUAUAGAAUCUUUGUGUAUUAUGUGGUUUGUUUUAGAGAUGGUGAUUAGAAUCCUGGUUGCUCCAUCUAAACUAGAAUUCGCGAAAGCCAUUGCCAACUGGAUUGACUUGGUAUCCAUUUUACCAUACUUCAUAUUCCUUGGUUUAACACUGUCACUAGGAGAAUGUCACACCAAUAAUAAAAGUGGAAUUCUGUCCGUCUUAAGGGUCUUAAGGGUUGCAAGAGUAUUCAAGCUCAGCAAACAUUCGGAAGGUCUGAAAGUCUUGGGAAAAACUCUCAAGACAAGUUUAAAGGAAUUAUUUAUGUUUGCUAUGUUUCUGGCUAUUGCGACUGUUAUAUUCUCUGCUGCUGUAUUCUAUGCUGAGCUUGAUCAAGACCAUAGUCAGUUUGAAAGUAUUCCAAGUACGUUUUACUGGACUAUCGUAACCAUGUCAACAGUGGGUUAUGGAGACUAUGUCCCUGUCGGAAUUUUGGGUAAGAUUUUAGGAGGCUUCUGUGCCGUUUCUGGCGUAUUGACUAUAGCCUUACCCGUGCCUGUUAUUGUCGCCAAUUUCAACACGUUCUAUAAGCAAAGUGCCAUGAACAAAUCAUAAACUGCAUUUGCGACAUAUUAUGUACUGUUGGUUGGUUGAAUGAAACAUAAAGACACUGUGAUGCAAAUAAAUAUUUUUGUUAUACAUCUGGAUAUGUUUAUCGGAAGAUGCAUGCAUUCUCUGUGACCUAAAAACAUUACGAAUUCCAAGACUAGCACCAAAUAACAUGUAGGAGGCAAAACUUGCACUCUCUAAAUUUGAGAAGAAUCUGGGAAUCAGUAGGCUACACCUCCACAUGAAAUUGUAAGCUGACAUAACAAACAUGAGAAACGUUGUUAUCGAUUCUAAACUGUCGACAAUUACGCUUGUUAGAAUUAUCAUUGUUGUUGUUUAAUAUAAAUUUAACGUCCAAUUCAUAAUACAUCAUAUUAUGGACAGGUUGAUUUAAAUAAAAUGUGUAAUGAAAUAAUGAGAGAAAUAUAAAAAAAAAUUAUAUAUAAUUUAACAUGGCAGAGAGAAACAUAAAAAAAAGUUCUUUUAUAUAUUUUAACAUGACAGUUUUACUUUUUACACACAUAUUAUACAUUCGUAGUUUGUUUCUUAAAUAUAGGAUAAUGGGCCAAUACAAGCCUUAGUAAAAUGAACAAUUUCGGGUUGGCAUGUUACCCCUAAGUGAAUAAUCUCCCCGCUUUUAUUUUUGAAAUAAUUGCAUUAUUUUCACUAUAAUGGUUAGCAUUUCGAACAUUUGAGGAUUAUCAAGGUGUGUGUUAACAAUAGUUACAAACAGAAAAACCUUUUGAUUAACCGAUGGGUUGUUGCAUUUAUUACAUCGCGUUUUAAAUAUUUCUCUCAAUUCUAUACAUGUAUUAAAUAACAUAAAAAAUAUAGAAAUAGAAGACCCCCUACCUCAUAUGUAACUAUAAUGAUUUUAUACAUAACUUAAAGCUACAAUUUCAUAUUUUUAAGUUAUAUUUUUAAAAUUUAUUAAAAUAAAGCCUUAAAAUAGAUGGUAUACAUAAACAGUCCUACCUUGUUAAAGAAUAAUCCUAUAAUUCACUAUUGCCAGCUGAGAAAUUGGCAAAAAUAUCAUUUUCAGCUUCAAAUUCAAACGUUUGAACAUAGCUAUUCCAUGGAGGUAAUAGGAAAACAAGGGAGGUAAUUGUGUUAUUAUUUCCUGUGUCAAUGAUUUUUAAGGGUGGGAAAUAAUGCCUAUGCUCGUAUAAUAGUGAGUUGAUAACCUAAUGAGCAAAAGACAUAGAAAUAAUUAUGUUUUGACUUUCUUAGAAAAUAUGAAAUUCUCGCUUUAAAGGGGCAUUAUGUAAGAUUUAGAUAAAGAGCUUGUCAUUCUUUUCAUUCGGGUCUUUGCCUCGUUUCUCCAUUUUUAAUUAAAUCAUUAAAUGGCCGAAACGUUCUGAUCUACUUAAAAUUGGAGCCGUCCGAUGGCAUCGAGAUUGGUUAUGGUCUUGUCAUGAUAAUAAAUGUCUAAUUAAUAAUUUAUAUAACAUUUAGGGCCUAAAGAAAGACCUGUAAUAGACAGAUUGACAUGAUGCCUGUUUGACAGGAUAUUUUCUUUUAAUAUAUAUUUUUUAUAUUAUUUUUUGCUACCAG